ACCCCCAAAAUUCAAAUACAAAAACUUGUUCGGGCGCCGUAAGUCUCUCUUGGCGACUUGGCGGACUACACCGCGCCACUUCCCCAUCAACCACCAACUGGUCCAACCACAGUGUCUCGGUGGCCACCGACCCAACCCUACCGAAUCAUGUGGCCCUUAAUGCGCAGGACCGCUCCUACUCUCCGUCUGAAAACCCUUUUCGGAUCCCACCAUCCGGGUCCUCUCAGGAUCCGGCAUUUAUACACCUCCGUCGCUUCGCUAACCGGAGCCUCCACCGGCCUCUACGGCUUCGACCACUUGAAGUCCGCCAAAGGCUUUCAACGUUUCGUCGACGAUGCCAUCGAAAGGUCUGGGGAACUUGUUUCAUACAUCUCCGGCAUGCCUUCGUCCCCCGAAAUUAUCCGAGCCAUGGAUGAGAUUUCCAAUACGGUUUGUUCGGUGGUUGAUUCAGCGGAGCUUUGUAGAAAUACUCAUCCGGACAGGGAGUUCGUCGAGGAGGCUAACAAGGCAUCGAUGAGAAUUAAUGAGUAUCUACAUUAUCUCAAUACAAAUCAUGUACUGUAUGAUGCAGUCAGAAAAGCUGAGCAAGAAGGUAAUCUGCUCACGGAUGAAGCUCAAAGGGCAGCCCGUUACCUACGUGUUGACUUUGAGAGGGGUGGAAUCCAUCUCUCUGCUGAUAAAUUAGAUCGUGUGAAUCAACUAAAUAUAGAAAUUUCUCAGCUGUGCAGGGAGUUCAAUGAAAAUAUUGUUAUUGACCCAGGUUCUGUUGAUAUAUUUCCUCGGUCACGCAUCCCCAAAAGUUUGCACCAUCUCCUUAAACCCAUCUACCGUUCCACAUCUGCUAUAUCAAAGGAAUCAUUGCGGCCGAGGGAUACCAUGAAAGAGAAGGGAUUCCAGAUAACAACAGAUCCACAUACUUUAUCUUCUGUUCUGCAAUGGGCGUCAGAUGAUGAGGUUAGGAAAAUGGUCUAUGUCCAAGGCAACUCUGUCCCGCAUGCAAACCUUGGCGUUCUUGAUAAGCUUAUAGCUGCCCGCCAUGAGCUAGCUCAGAUAAUGGGGUGUAGAUCUUAUGCUGAGUUUGCUGUGAAGCCUAAUAUGGCUUCGUCACCAACGGUUGUGAUGUCCUUUUUGCAUGAGAUAAGCAAGAUAGUCUGGCCCAAGGCUGAGGAGGAGUUUAAGAAAAUUAGGGAUUUCAAAAGAGAAAGAUGUGGUAUAAAAUGUGGAGAUUUAGAGCCAUGGGAUGAGGCAUACUACACAGCGUUGAUGAAGUCUACCACCUAUAACUUGGACUCUUCAGUUGUGGCGUCAUAUUUUCCUUUGAUACAAUGUAUCGAGGGUUUGAAAGUGCUUGUGGAGUCAUUGUUUGGUGCAACAUUUCAUAGCAUCCCUCUGGCACCAGGUGAAUCAUGGCAUGAAGAUGUUCUUAAAUUGUCUCUUCAUCAUCCUGAAGAGGGUGACUUGGGGUAUCUGUACCUUGAUUUAUAUUCAAGGAAGGGAAAAUAUCCGGGUUGUGCUCAUUUUGCAAUUAAAGGGGGCCGCAGGAUAUCUGAAACAGAUUACCAGCUUCCUGUGGUAGCACUUGUAUGCAAUUUUUCUGGUUCACAUAAUCCAUCAACUGUGAGGCUUAACCAUUGGGAACUAGAAACUCUGUUUCAUGAGUUUGGACAUGCUCUUCAUUCAUUGCUGUCAAGAACGGAUUACCAGCAUUUUUCAGGUACCAGGGUGGUUCUUGAUUUAGCUGAAACACCUUCUAACCUCUUUGAGUGCUUUGCAUGGGACUAUCGAGUUUUGAGGACAUUUGCUAGACAUUAUUCGACUGGCGAAAUCAUUCCUGAGAAGUUGGUAGAGUCCAUGCAGGGUGCCAGAAAGAUGUUUGCUGCAACUGAACUACAACGUCAGAUUUUUUAUGCCUUAAUUGAUCAAACGCUUUUUGGGGAGCAGCAAGUCCCUCCAAGAGAUACAAGUUCUAUUGUUGCAGAUCUGAAAAGACAGCAUACUAGUUGGAAGCAUGUGGAGGGCACACAUUGGCAGAGCCGAUUCAAUCACCUUCUGAAUUAUGGUGCAGGUUAUUAUAGCUAUUUGUAUGCCAAAUGUUUUGCUGCAACCAUGUGGCAGAAGCUGUGCCAGGAGGAUCCAUUAUCUUUAACCACAGGAACUGCUCUAAGAAAAAGACUUUUACAGCAUGGGGGAGCUAGAGAACCAGCUAGUUUGUUGAAUGGUCUAGUAGGAGAAGGUAUUUUAAGGUAUUGUGAUGGAGGAAUUGUCCCAGAUAUAACGAGUCUUUGUGAUGAGAUGAAACUGGGUGAAGGUUUUUAAGAGCAGCUCCUCUUGCCACCACUUGGAAUGAAAAACUGAAAAAUGAACAGGGCAUGAUUAUCAACUGGUGGAGGUUGGACGGAGAAAACAGCGGCUCCUCUAGCAGGUGAGUUGAGCCAUAACACGAAGAUGUCAUGGUGACAUCAUCUCUGAUCAAUUUGAGCAAGUGCAAAUAUCCUGGCGAAGUCUUGUGAGGGACUCAAAUGCGUAUGAUGCAGAAAACGAGUAUCCUUUAAUUGCAUUCUUUUUAAGCAAUAUUCAACUUCUUUGGCUCAUCGAUAGGUGGUGACAGAAAAAGAGAUUUACUCUUCUUUUUAGUUGAAUUAAGUACGUGUUGGGAAGAAUUAUGUUUUGUCCAACAGUGCUUCCGUUUCACUUUUAGACCUCCCUGACUGGUUUUGGGCCUUUUCCCAGAUCUCAUUUGUCAAUUUAACAUCUCUCUUCUACUAUUACGAAAACGAAA